UAGACCUCCAGCAGAGCAAGGAUGAAUGUGGCUAAAAGUGGCUAUCGGGUCUUUUCUGCAAACUCCUCUGUAGCCUGCACAGAGCUGGCCAAGAAGAUCACAGAGCGGCUGGGAGUCGAACUGGGGAAGUCUGUUGUCUUUCAGGAAUCUAACAGAGAAACUAGAGUGGAUGUGAAAGAAUCAGUACGAGGACAAACCAUCUUCAUCAUCCAGACCAUACCGCGAGAUGUCAACACGGCCAUCAUGGAGCUGCUGGUUAUGGCCUACGCCCUCAAGACGUCUUGUGCAAAGAACAUCAUCGGAGUCAUUCCUUACUUUCCCUACAGCAAACAGUGCAAGAUGAGAAAGAGGGGCUCAAUAGUGAGCAAGUUGUUAGCUUCAAUGCUAGCGAAAGCAGGAAUAACGCACAUCAUCACCAUGGACUUGCACCAGAAGGAAAUCCAGGGUUUCUUCAGCUUUCCAGUGGACAACUUGCGUGCCUCCCCUUUCUUGAUUCAGUACAUCCAAGAAGAGAUUCCUGAUUACAGAAAUGCCAUCAUUGUGGCAAAGUCCCCGUCAGCAGCUAAGAGGGCUCAGUCGUAUGCAGAACGCCUGCGUUUGGGUCUGGCUGUGAUUCACGGCGAGGCUCAGUGUUCAGAGUCUGACAUGGCAGAUGGAAGACACUCGCCACCAUGUGUACGCAACACCACCGGACACACAGGACUGGAGCUUCCUUCAGGCAAACAAGCAGCUCCGUUCCCUGGCAUAGAGCUCCCAAUGAUGAUGGCCAAAGAGAAACCCCCCAUAACUGUAGUCGGAGACGUGGGAGGGAGGAUUGCCAUCAUUGUGGAUGACAUCAUAGAUGAUGUCGGAGACUUUGUUGCAGCUGCUGAGAUCCUGAAAGAGAGAGGAGCCUAUAAGAUCUACAUCAUGGCCACGCACGGCUUACUGUCUGCCGACGCUCCACGCCUCAUCGAGGAGUCAGCCAUUGAUGAGGUGGUGGUGACCAACACGGUCCCCCACGAAGUACAGAAGCUGCAGUGUCCCAAAAUCAAGACUGUGGACGUCAGCAUGAUUCUAGCUGAGGCCAUCCGCCGCAUCCACAACGGAGAGUCCAUGGCUUACUUGUUCCGCAACAUCACUGUGGACGAUUAAAGAGUCACAGAGGGAGAGGUGGGUGAGGUGGGAGAGGUGGGUGAGGUGGGAGUGACAGUGACUGACGACGGGUGAACUAAUGCCAUGUUCCAUGUGUUUGUGUCAGGAUGUAUCCCAAUUCAUUGAAAGAAGUAAAAACAGGAGGAAUUAUCCAAAGUUAUUUAAGUGAAUCAAAAGGUGUAAAAAAAAAAAAAAAAAAAAAAAAAAAAGAUUAUUACUGAGAACUGAAUAUCUUGUUCUUUUUGAGAAGAGAUGAUAAAAUAUGAAACGAAUGAAUUGUCACCUUUUGA